CAGCCCAUGUGGCGUGGCCGCCGGAGGUGGCGGCUGCUUAAAUAGCGGUGGGAGCUAGAGGGAGACAGAGAGGGGAGCGCGGAGCGUCGGCGCCGCACUCAUCCCACCGCUGACACCGCACCCGCUCGGCACCGGCCCUUCCUCCCCUGCGCAGUAACAGGGAGAAGUUAAGAGAUGGAGGAGGUGGUGAUUGCAGGCAUGGCAGGAAAGCUGCCAGAAUCGGCAAACUUGCAAGAGUUUUGGGAGAACCUGAUGAAUGGAGUUGAUAUGGUCACAGAAGAUGAUCGGAGGUGGAAACCAGGAAUUUAUGGACUGCCCAGGAGAAAUGGAAAGCUCAAGGACUUAACCAAAUUUGAUGCAUCCUUUUUUGGGGUUCACCCCAAACAAGCUGAGACAAUGGAUCCUCAACUUCGCAUGCUGUUAGAAGUUUCUUAUGAAGCUAUUUUGGAUGCAGGUAUUAAUCCAGCCACGCUCCGUGGCACAGACACAGGUGUCUGGAUUGGUACCGGUGGGUCAGAAGCUGGUGAAGCCCUCAGCCAAGAUCCAGAAGAGCUUUCAGGGUACAGUAUGACUGGCUGCCAGCGUGCUAUGCUUGCCAACAGGCUUUCCUACUUUUAUGACAUUAAAGGACCAAGCGUAACUAUUGACACAGCCUGCUCCUCAAGUCUUGUUGCUAUGGAAAAUGCUUUCAAGGCAAUUCGUGCAGGACAGUGCCAUACAGCACUGGUGGGAGGGUGCAGCCUUUUGCUGAAACCCAACACUUCUGUGCAGUUCAUGAAACUGGGUUUGCUUAGUCCCAAUGGUGUCUGCAAGUCUUUUGAUGCUUCAGGAGAUGGAUAUUGUCGCUCGGAAGCUAUCGUUGUCCUUUUUUUGACCAAGAGAUCUCUGGCUAAGCGGAUCUAUGCCACAAUAGUCAAUGCUGGAAUCAAUGCUGAUGGCUUUAAAGAGCAAGGUGUGAUGUUCCCAUCUGGAGAGAUGCAGCAGAAGCUGGCCAGCUCUUUGCUUAAAGAAAGCGGUAUCAGGCCUGAAGAAGUAGAGUAUGUUGAAACUCAUGGGACAGGCACCAAGAUUGGAGAUCCACAGGAACUAAAUGGCAUUACAAAUGUCCUCUGUCGAUGCGAGAGAGCGCCACUGUUGAUUGGGUCAGUCAAGUCAAACAUGGGUCAUUCCGAGCCUGCCUCUGGCGUUGCUGCAUUAGCCAAGGUCCUUCUCUCUCUGCAACAUGGGAUGUGGGCUCCAAAUAUUCAUUUUGUUACCCCAAAUCCAGAUAUUCCUGCCUUACAUGAUGGCUCUAUGCAGGUAGUUUGUAAACCGACACCAGUGAAAGGUGGCUUUGUCAGUAUCAACUCUUUUGGCUUUGGAGGUGCAAAUGCUAAUGUCCUUUUGAAGCCAAAUAUGAAGAAACAACAGCCUGUGGAGACUUCUAAUGUGCCAAGACUGAUUCAGUUUUGUGGCAGAACUCAGGAAGCUGUGGAAGUACUAAUUGAAGAGAGCAAAAAACAUGCAGAGUGUAUCCCAUUUAUAAGCCUACUCAGUGAUAUCUCUGGAAUUCCUGCAUCUUCCAUGCCCUACAGGGGCUACACGAUACUUGGUUCUGAGAGCGACAUAAGAGAGGUUCAGCAAGUUCAGUCAACUGGUCGACCGCUUUGGUACAUCUGCUCAGGCAUGGGCACGCAGUGGAAGGGCAUGGGCCUGAGCCUUAUGAAGUUGGAUUUGUUUCGCCAGUCUGUAUUGCGCUCGGAUGAGGCUUUGAAGCACACAGGCCUAAAGGUGUCAGAGCUCCUUCUGAAUGAAGAUGAGAACACUUUUGAUGACACUGUCCAUGCAUUUGUUGGACUGGCUGCUAUUCAGAUCGCCCAGAUUGAUAUACUGAAGGCUGCAGGUCUGGAACCCGAUGGGAUCGUGGGUCACUCAGUGGGAGAACUUGCUUGUGGCUAUGCAGAUAACUCCUUAAGUCAUGAAGAAGCCAUUCUUGCCGCUUAUUGGCGGGGACGAUGUGUUAAAGAUGCCAAACUGCCCCCAGGAGGAAUGGCUGCUGUUGGUCUGUCAUGGGAGGAAUGUAAGCAAAUCUGUCCUCCAAAUGUGGUGCCGGCCUGUCACAACUCCGAAGAUACCGUCACUGUUUCGGGGCCUCUGGGUGCUGUGAGUGAGUUUGUAGCCAAACUGAAAAAGGACGGUGUGUUUGCAAAGGAGGUGCGCACUUCUGGAGUCGCAUUUCAUUCCCAUUACAUGGCAUCUAUUGCACCAGUGCUGCUCAGUGCCCUGAAAAAGGUCAUUCCACACCCUAAACCUCGUUCGCCACGAUGGAUCAGUACAUCUAUCCCUGAAUCUCAGUGGCAGAGUGAUCUGGCAAGGUAUUCCUCUGCAGAGUAUCAUGUGAACAACUUAGUGAAUCCAGUCCUGUUCCACGAAGGUCUGAGUCAUGUUCCAGGGAACGCUCUUGUGGUAGAGAUUGCUCCGCAUGCUCUUUUGCAGGCCAUCUUGAAGAGGUCCUUGAAACCAACUUGCAUCAUUUUACCUUUGAUGAAGAAAGAACACAAAAAUAAUUUGGAGUUCUUCCUAACACAGCUGGGAAAGUUUCAUAUGUCUGGGGUAAAUUUUAAUGGAAAUAACUUGUUCCCACGUGUGGAAUAUCCUGUCCCAGUGGAAACACCCCUUAUUUCUCCACACAUCAAAUGGGACCACAGUCAGGAGUGGUAUGUUCCACAAGCUAAAGACUUUCCAUCGGGUUCCAAAGGCACUUCAUCUGCUUCAGUCUACAAUAUCGAUAUAAGUCCUGAAUCUCCUGACCACUACUUGGUUGAUCACUGCAUUGAUGGCAGAGUCCUGUUCCCAGCAACUGGGUACCUGGUACUGGCUUGGCGAACUCUGGCACGGUCUCUCGGCAUGACUAUCGAGAAAAUGCCUGUUACAUUUGAAGAUGUCACAAUUCAUCAGGCAACUAUCCUUCCCAAAAAGGGAGCAGUACAGCUGGAAGUAAGACUCAUGCCUGUUUCCCACUGCUUUGAGGUGUCAGGGAAUGGGAAUCUGGCUGUGAGUGGAAAGAUUUUCGUCCUAGAAAAUGAUGCUGCAAAGAAAUUGGAUAACCAGCCAGUUGACUGUGGCACUCAAGUAGACGUGAGCUCGAAGGUCAACCUCCUGAAAGAAGACAUUUACCAAGAGCUGCAUCUACGUGGAUAUAAUUAUGGACCAAAUUUCCAGGGUGUUCUGGAAUGGAACAGUGAAGGUACCAAAAGCAAAGUUCUGUGGAAUGGGAACUGGGUGACCUUCCUUGACACCCUGCUGCACGUUGUAAUCUUGGUUGAAUCAGGGCGCAGUCUACGCUUACCCACCAGGAUUCGCACAAUGUCUAUUGACCCAGUGCUGCAUCAGGAGCGGGUGUGCCAAUACAAGGAUGAUGUCAAAGCUAUUGAUGUUGUUACGGACCGCUGUCUUGCUAGCGUUAGAGCAGGAGGUGUUCAGUUCAGUGGUCUUCAUGCUUCAGUGGCACCACGACGACAACAGGAACGGAUCCCUCCCACACUGGAAAAAUUCUGCUUUGUGCCCUAUACUGAGAAAAAUUGUUUGUCUUCCAGUGUCCAUCUUCAUGACUACCUGAAGCAGUGCAAAGAUCUGAUCCAGAACUUAGUGAAUAAAGUGGUGGUGCAUGGCAUCAAAUUAGUCAUCCCUGGACUGGAAACUGCAGACCCUGAUGCAGAGCCUUUAUCCGUACAGAAGGGCCUUCAGCAUAUCCUUGCUGAAAUGCGCAAAUUGGAACCAAAUGGAAACCUCCAUUCAGAGCUGCAACAGAUUGUAACCCGAGAGAAAAUGCACCUCCGGGAUGACCCUCUUCUCAAUGGGUUAUUAGAUUCUUCAGAGUUGAAGACUUGCCUGGAUGUGGCAGUGGAGAAUGUAUCCAGUCGCAGGAUGAAGAUAAUAGAGGUUCUUGCAGGAAGCGGACAACUGUUCUCUCGUGUCAAAAGCGUUCUGACUACUCAGCCUCUGCUGCAACCUGACUACAUUGCCACUGACCGCAGCCUGGAAGCUCUUUCAGCUGCUGAAACAGAGCUGCAAGAUGCUGGAGUUGUCUUUAGCCAGUGGGAUCCGUCUAGCCCUCCCGCUGGAAACCUGACUGAUGCUGACCUGGUGGUAUACAACUGCUCAAGUGUUACAGAGAACACCCCUGAAAUCUUCUCUAAUUUGGCGGCUGCAGUGAAAGAAGAAGGGUUUGUUUUGAUACACACCCUUCUUAGAGGAGAAACGGUUGGAGAAUUUGUCAGCUUCCUUACAAGUCCAGAUCUACAGCAGAAACACCAGUUCCUGAGUGAGGCACAGUGGGAUAGCUUAUUCAACAGUGCCUCACUGAAUCUGGUUGCCAUGAAGAAAUCGUUCUUUGGCUCUGUUAUUUUCCUGUGUCGCCGGCGAGCCCCUGCCAAAACACCCAUUUUUCUGCCAGUAGAUGAGAAUGAUUUUAAGUGGGUUGAAUCUUUAAAGGGGAUCCUGGCUGAGCAAUCAGAGCAGCCUGUGUGGUUGACUGCCACCAGUUGUGGGAUCUCGGGAAUUUUGGGAAUGGUGAAUUGCCUCCGCCUUGAAGCAGAAGGCCACAGAAUCAGGUGUUUGUUCGUUUCCAACUUGAAGCCUUCAUCAGUUGUCCCGCCCACAAGUCCUUCUUGCCCAGAGAUGCAGAAUAUUGUUCAGAAGGACUUGGUGAUGAACGUGUAUCGUGAUGGAACGUGGGGCUCCUUCAGGCAUCUCCCAUUGCAGCAAGCGCAACCUCAGGAGCUGACAGAAUAUGCCUAUGUAAAUGUAUUGACUCGUGGUGAUCUCUCGUCUCUUCGAUGGAUUGCCUCCCCACUUCGUCACUUCCAAAGAACUAAUCCCGAUGUUCAACUCUGCAAAGUUUAUUACUCAUCUCUCAACUUCCGGGACAUUAUGCUGGCCACAGGAAAGCUCCCUCCAGAUGCUAUCCCUGGUAACUGGGCUUUGCAGCAGUGUAUGCUGGGCAUGGAGUUCUCAGGACGGGACAUGUCUGGAAGAAGAGUGAUGGGGUUGCUGCCAGCGAAGGGGCUGGCUACAGUGGUAGACUGCGAUAAGAAGUUUCUGUGGGAGGUGCCUAAAAACUGGACUCUGGAAGAAGCAGCUUCUGUGCCUGUGGUUUAUGCCACUGCUUACUAUGCUUUGGUGGUUCGAGGUGGUAUGAAGAAGGGUGAGAGUGUCCUCAUUCACUCUGGCUCAGGUGGUGUGGGCCAAGCAGCCAUUGCCAUUGCCCUGAGCAUGGGCUGCCGCGUCUUUGCUACUGUGGGCUCCACUGAGAAACGCGAGUAUCUCCAAGCAAGAUUCCCACAGCUGGAUGCUAAUAGCUUCGCCAGCUCCCGAAACACUAGCUUUGAGCAGCACAUAAUGCGAGUUACCAAAGGAAAAGGUGUCAACCUCGUGUUAAAUUCCUUGGCAGAAGAGAAGCUCCAAGCCAGUUUGCGCUGUCUUGCUCAACAUGGGCGCUUCUUGGAAAUAGGCAAAUUUGAUCUGUCUAACAACAGUCAGCUUGGAAUGGCGCUCUUCCUCAAGAAUGUGGCGUUCCAUGGAAUCCUGCUAGAUGCACUCUUUGAGGAUGGAAACCAAGACUGGAACAUAGUGUCAGAAUUGUUGAUGAAAGGCAUAAAAGAUGGUGUGGUAAAGCCUCUGAGAAGUACAGUCUUCAACAAAGAAGAGGUAGAAGCUGCCUUCAGGUUCAUGGCACAAGGAAAACAUAUUGGCAAAGUUAUGAUCAAGGUCCAAGAAGAAGAAAAGGAAUAUCCUUUGAGAAGAUCUGAACCGGUUAGAAUCUCUGCCAUCUCCCGAACUGCCUGUCCUCCUACCAAGUCUUACGUCCUCGUAGGGGGCCUAGGAGGAUUUGGGCUUGAGCUGGCACAGUGGCUAGUUGAGAGAGGAGCACAGAAGCUUGUACUGACAUCUCGUUCUGGCAUACGAACAGGCUACCAGGCUAAACGUGUUGAAGAGUGGAAGGCGCUGGGAGUCCAAGUGUUGAUAUCUACCAGAGAUGCUGCAACACUAGAAGGAGCACAGCAAUUGAUAGAAGAAGCGUUGCGGCUUGGCCCGAUUGGAGGCAUCUUUAAUUUGGCUGUGGUCCUUAGAGACAGCAUGAUUGAAAACCAGACCCCAGAAUUGUACUUGGAGGUAAACAAGCCGAAGUACUCAGGCACUCUUCAUUUGGAUCAGGUGUCUCGUAAAAAGUGUCCAGACCUGGACUAUUUUGUUGUGUUCUCCUCUGUAAGCUGUGGAAGAGGAAAUGCUGGGCAGAGUAAUUAUGGCUUUGCCAAUUCUACCAUGGAGCGUAUCUGUGAGCAGCGACAACAUGAUGGACUCCCAGGACUGGCAAUCCAAUGGGGAGCCAUUGGUGAUGUGGGUGUCCUUGUGAAGACAAUUGGAAACAAAGACGUUGUGGUUGGGGGAACCGUUCCUCAGCCAAUCAGCUCAUGCCUGGAGGUGCUUGAUGUCUUCCUGCAUCAACCUCAUCCUGUCAUGUCCAGUUUUGUCCUGGCAGAGAAGGUCUCUGUGAAAAGUGAUGGAGGCAGUCAGCGUGAUCUUGUAGAAGCUGUUGGUAACAUUCUGGGUAUCCGUGAUAUGAGUACCCUGAAUCCUGAUACUUCAUUGGCAGACUUGGGCCUGGAUUCCUUGAUGGGUGUAGAGGUGCGCCAGACACUGGAGAGAGACUAUGAUAUCAUUAUGAACAUGAGGGAAAUUCGACUCCUUACAAUCAACAAACUGCGCGAACUUUCCUCCAUGUCUGGAAGAACUGAAGAAAUGAAGCCAUCCCAAAUGAUGAAGGCUGGUUUUCCUGAACUUCCAAAACUAAAUUUGAACAACUUGUUGGUGAACCCAGAAGGGCCAACGAUCACCCGUCUCAACGAUGUUCAGAGCACAGAACGGCCUCUCUUCCUUAUUCACCCCAUUGAAGGAUCCAUUACGUUUUUCCACACUCUCGCCUCCAGACUUCAUAUACCCUGCUAUGGGUUCCAGUGCACAAAAGCUGCUCCCUUGGACAGUAUACAGACCCUGGCAUCCUAUUACAUUGAUUGUAUGAAGCAGAUACAGCCUGAAGGACCUUACCGCAUUGCUGGAUAUUCUUUCGGUGCCUGUGUAGCCUUUGAAAUGUGCUCUCAGCUACAAGCACAACAAAAUGCUUCUCAUACACUCAACAAUCUAUUCCUCUUUGAUGGGUCCCAUUCUUUUGUGGCAGCAUACACUCAGAGCUACAGAGCCACCCUGGAUGAAGGAGAUCUGGCCGCAGUGGAGACUGAAGCAUUGUCCGUCUUUGUUCAGCAAUUUACAGGCAUGGAAUACAAUAAGCUGCUGGAGAUUCUUCUGCCCUUGGAAGAUUUGGCGGCUCGUGUGAAUGCUACUGUAGACCUGAUAACUCAGGUUCAUACAGAUAUCAAUCGUGAAGAACUCAGCUUUGCUGCUACUUCCUAUUUCUAUAAACUAAAGGCUGCUGACCAGUAUGUACCAGCGUCCAAGUAUCAUGGGAAUGUGACACUGAUGCGGGUGAAGGCUCGCAGUGAAUAUGAAGAAGGUCUGGGUACAGACUACAGACUCUCAGAGGUAUGUGAUGGGAAAAUAUCUGUCCAUAUGGUUGACGGGGACCACAACACCUUAUUGGAAGAUGGUGUUGAAUCAAUCGUUGGGAUCAUCCACAGCUCACUGGCAGAACCACGUGUCAGUGUCAGAGAGGGUUAACUUCUGCUUACUUACUGUCAAUGGUGAAGAGAAUGCCAACAACAUUCCUUGUUACAACAGACCCAAAGGAACUCUUCUUGUUCAACAUCUCAUCUGCGCUGCUGCCAGAACUGGGAAGUCCAGCUGAACUUGAUUGGUCUCUUCCUCUUUUUCUCUCUCACUUGUAUUUUCCUUUCCCAGCUUUUAUGGGAUCUUUCCUCUUUUCUUUCCUAUGCUUUCUUUUCCCCUAGUAUCCCUGUCCGUGUUACUCUAGUGCUGUGACUCUGUCAUGGCACUGCUAUGAGGGUUCACCACCAAUGGUUGCUUCCUACACCCGUGGCAGUAUGAAAAACAAAUUUAGGAGUAGAUUGCUUGUGCUCUAUAUUGUUUUUGUCUUAACAGUAUUCCAAAGGGUAUGUGAUAGCAGUUGUUGACCAAGCCCAGUGAGCAGAGAAGGGAGCUGCAGCUGAUUUCGGAGAUACCUUUUGUCUGUGAAGAAUCUGUCUGUAGUUAGGUCAGAAAGAGAAUUCCAUUGAGGCUUUUGUAACUAUAUUUUUUUAAUUUGAUAUAUUCUAAGUAUUUAUUGUGUCAAACCAGAGACUUCUUACUUGGUUUUAAUUUAUCGUGGGUUAUAGGAGAAAUGAAACAUUCCUUUUUGGAGGAGAAGGUUUAUUCUACAAAGGGAAGUCACCCAUUUGUUAAACCAAAGUGCAGCUUUGAACAGUCUGGUUGCUUUUGUUGGUUUUUUUUUUUUCCUCUUUCCCUCUUUCUCCCCCUGUCCUGCCCUGUUCAGGAAGGAAAAUAGUAGAAGAGAGAGUGCUUGCACAUCAUGCACUCUUUGAGGAGGGGGUGGGGAAGGGUGGGUGGUUUGACAGAUGCUGCUGUGUAUUGAAUCAUAGAAUCGUAGAAUAGUUAGGGUUGGAAGGGACCUUAAAGAUCAUCCAGUUCCAACCCCUCUGCCAUGGGCAGGGACCCCCUGAACAGCCUUAACUUGGGCAUGAUAAAAACAGGCAAAGCUGUCCCUAGGCAGAUAUUUUGUUUAUAUUUGUGCAAGGUUCUGUGCUGAAUCAGAACCUUAGUAAAGCAUUAAGGCUAUUACUUUACCUUAUUCCCUCCCACCUCCAGUCUCAUUACCCAACCAGACGUUUGGAAUGGGGUGGGAAAGAGAAUUCUUCAACGAUGACUGAACAAAUCCUCCUACCCCUGCUCUCCCAUAACCGAAGCUCAGGCAAACAUACGAGCAUCUACCCAAAGCCCUUGUAUAUUUUAUUUAGUGCAGCUUAAGCCUUGUGUAUUCCUUUCAGUGAUGAAACUGGAGAUCCCACGUAAGUUAGCUAAGUAAUCAGUUUGAUGGUCUGAUUUUAAGAUCCAGUACCUUUUAAAAGGAAACAUGCUUAAAAUUCAAUUAAAAAAAUCCCUUGCCUUUGCUAUGCUGGAUUUGUCUUUUCCGAAAUCAGUAAAUCCUUGCUACACUUAUGAUACAGAGGAGACCUGAGUAGCAACAAGCACCAACUAGGAGGAGCGAUUGUGCCUCAGAACUGCUGUGAACCCCAGUUCUCUCCACCGUUAUCCCCUAGUGAAGUAUCCUGUUAGCACAGGAGCGUUCCAGUGUCGGGAAUGGGUGGCUCUUCACUGCAGGUUCUGACCUAGUGUCUUUUGCUUAUACUACCCUCUGUUGAUAGCAGCUGGAUUAACUGGUUUUAGUUUUAUAAUGUAUUUCUUUUGUGAAAUCUGAAAUGAAACCAACAUAAUGUCCGCUUCAAGCAUUUCCAAAUUAAGUCUUAUUCUUUCUUUUACUUUUUUUUCCUUCCUUUUUUUUAAUACUUUUUGGUCUGAAAAGUGUCUUUUUCUCUUUGGCUUUCCUAAUAUUAAAUGGAAUUGAUCACUGGUUGGCAUUUUGUCUUGCUCUCUACCACCAUUUCUUAAUGCUGUGUUUCAUGUGGAAUCUCUCAUUUCUUGGUAUAAAGCAAAAACUGCUGCUGGCAUAUCUGACUUGGAAUCUGUAGAAAUAAUAACAAUAAUAAAGAACUCUUAUUCUGGAGCAUGGCUUCUUGUUGCCAUGAUAUUGGUACUUUAGAUAAAACCAAACCACACAACCACAAGAAUAAAGUGGAAACUCUCAAAUUCUAA